AUGUGGACCACAACCUCCGGCUUACGGGGCAAGAAGCUCCAUCUUGCUAUCACCUUCACAUCCGUCGUUGGAUUCUCACUUUUCGGAUAUGAUCAGGGUUUGAUGUCCGGUAUCAUCUCUGGUGACCAGUUCACCAAGGAAUUCCCCCCUCUCCAUGGUGACUCUGAACACGUCGCCGUCCUGCGCGGUGCAGUCACUGCCUGUUACGAACUUGGUUGUUUCUUUGGUGCUAUCUUCACAAUGAUGUACGGUCAGCGUAUUGGCCGCACUCCUCUCCUGGUAGCCGGUGGUAUCCUCAUGAUCAUCGGUACAGUUAUCUCUACUGCUGCCUUCGGUCCCCACUGGGGACUGGGCCAGUUCGUUAUUGGACGUGUCAUCUCUGGUCUUGGAAACGGCAUGGAUACCGCGACUAUCCCCGUCUGGCAGUCAGAGUGUUCGCGCGCUCACAACCGUGGUUUCCUCGUCUGCUUCGAGGGUGCUAUCAUCGCCGUCGGUACCUUCAUCGCCUACUGGAUUGAUUUCGGUCUCUCUUAUGUCGACAGCUCCGUUCAGUGGCGAUUCCCCGUCGCCUUCCAGAUUCUGUUCGCCGCGCUUGUCACUGGUGGUGCUCUUAUGCUGCCCGAGUCGCCUCGUUGGUUCGUCAUGCAGGGUCACGAUGAGGAGGCCCUCAGGGUUCUCGCGCAGCUCAACGAUAGUGCUGUCGAUGCGGACGAUGUGCUUGCCGAUUUCAACAUGAUGAAGGCUGAUCUCAAGGCCAUGGAGAGUCUUGAGGCUAGUAGCUGGCGUGUCCUCUUCACUGGUGGUAAGACUCAGCACUUCCAGCGUAUGGCGAUCGGUUGCUCUGGCCAGUUCUUCCAGCAAUUCACUGGUUGCAAUGCCGCUAUCUACUACUCGACCCUGCUAUUCGAGCAGAACUUGCACAUGGAGGGCAAGCUUCCCCUGGUUCUAGGAGGUGUUUUCGCCACCGUCUACGCUCUUGCCACUAUCCCAUCCUUCUUUAUGAUUGAGAAGGUCGGUCGCCGCAACCUGUUCUUGAUUGGUUUCCUCGGUCAGGGUCUCAGCUUCAUGAUCACCAUGGGUUGUCUCGUCAGGUCGAACUCGCAGAACGCCAAGGGUGCGAUUGUCGGUAUCUUCCUCUUCAUCUGCUUCUUCGCCUUUACUACGCUGCCUCUACCCUGGAUCUACCCCCCGGAGAUCAACCCCCUCCGUACUCGUACGAAGGCCGCCUCCGCUUCCACUUGCAUGAACUGGAUUACCAACUUCGCCGUCGUCAUGUUCACUCCUGUGUUCUCCAACCAGUCCGACUGGGGUAUCUACCUCUUCUUCGCGCUUAUCAACUUUAUCGCCAUCCCCUUCGCCUGGUUCUUCUACUGUGAGACCGCCGGUCGUGAUCUCGAGGAGGUUGACAUCAUCUUCGCCAAGGCCCACGUUGAGGGCAAGUGGCCUUACCGGGUCGCACAGGAGAUGCCCAAGCUCACCAUUGCCCAAAUUACCCAGUUCCAGAACGAACUGGGUCUCGAUACCUCCGACCUCCAGGUCAACACUGAGGCCGAGAAGGCCGAGACUGCCAUGAGCAGCAGCAGUGAGGCCAAGAAUGGCGAUACCAAGCACGAGGAGUAA